GCUCAGGCUCUGGCGCAGGGUCUGAAGGGAGAUCUCCUCGAGCUUGACUGGACUCGGCGACAGUUUGGGGAAGGCGGGAGGGCCGUCUGGGAUGUAGACGUCGAUGAGGUCCUGGGAGUCGAAUGCGUGGAUCUGGCCUUGGCAGGCAGCCACGUUGGAUGGGGGGAGGACGGGGAGGGACAAGAGGUCGAAACUGAGGUCCCUAGGGCAGCAGAGGCCGGCUUAUAUACAGGGGAGAUUAAGGGCAGGCUGUGCGCAUUGGUCCGUGUGCAGCUGGUCCGUGCACAGCAUGCCGACACGGCCCCGGGGGCCGGUGAGUCAGAGCGGCUGUGUCAGCGGAGCCCGAGCUGUGCCGUGCGCUGCCGCCCCAUCUAA